GAAACCGCCCCGUGUCCCAUUUCCUCCUCUUGUUUUCGCUCCGGAUUCUCCAUGUUGGACCCAAACUGAGGAGCCCGGAGCUGCCGCCGGGGGAUCGGGGCCGGGGGCACCCGGGGGAGCCGCUGGCCGGGCCGCCUGCUCUCCGUACAGGCCGCCUCCCUUCCCGGCCCAGGGAGGGAACCAGAGCAGGGAUGUGAACAGCGGUGGGAACCCGAGUCUCGCGUGCAGGAGCGGAGCGGGCCCCCGCCCAGGCCCCCCAGCCCAGCCCAGCCCAGCCUGCGCCCGCCGGUCCUCCCGCCCAGCCAGCCCGGGCCCGCGGGAUUGUUAGAUGGAACACGGCUCCAUCAUCACCCAGGCGCGGAGGGAAGACGCCCUGGUGCUCACCAAGCAAGGCCUGGUCUCCAAGUCCUCUCCUAAAAAGCCCCGUGGACGUAACAUCUUCAAGGCCCUUUUCUGCUGUUUUCGCGCCCAGCAUGUUGGCCAGUCAAGCUCGUGCACUGAGCUCUCCGCAUACAAGGAGGAAGCCAACACCAUUGCUAAGUCUGACCUGCUCCAGUGUCUCCAGUACCAGUUUUAUCAGAUCCCAGGAACCUGCCUGCUCCCAGAGGUGACAGAGGAAGAUCAAGGAAGGAUCUGUGUGGUCAUUGACUUGGAUGAAACCCUUGUGCAUAGCUCUUUUAAGCCAAUCAACAACGCUGACUUCAUAGUGCCUGUAGAGAUUGAGGGGACCACUCACCAGGUGUAUGUGCUCAAGAGGCCUUAUGUGGAUGAGUUCCUGAGACGGAUGGGGGAGCUCUUUGAAUGUGUUCUUUUCACUGCCAGCCUGGCCAAGUAUGCCGACCCUGUGACGGAUCUGCUGGACAGGUGUGGGGUGUUCCGGGCCCGCCUAUUCCGUGAGUCCUGUGUGUUCCACCAGGGCUGCUAUGUCAAGGACCUCAGCCGCCUGGGAAGGGACCUGAGGAAAACCCUUAUUUUGGACAACUCGCCUGCUUCUUACAUCUUCCAUCCAGAGAAUGCAGUGCCCGUGCAGUCUUGGUUUGAUGACAUGGCAGACACCGAGCUGCUGAACCUGAUCCCAAUCUUUGAGGAGCUGAGUGGAGCAGAGGAUGUCUACACCAGCCUUGGACAGCUGCGGGCCCCUUAGCCUUCCCUGAUUCCAAGCAACGGCCAUCCCAGUAGGGGACUGCCUACACUGUGCCUUUAUGACCAGCCUGACAGACGGAGUGGAAACUGGAGCAUCUCACCAAACGGGGCCUGGAAAUAGAAGUGAUGGGAAAGAACUUUAGGACAGGUUAGACGCCGAGUGGGCAAACAUCAGACCAAUGAUACUCCAAGCCGCCUACUCCCCGAGUUGGGUUCCUGAGAUGAGAGUGUGUGUGUGUGUUGCCUUGAACUGUGUUCAAGGAUUUAAGUGUUUUAGGUUGGGGAAAAGCUGAAAAAUCAAGACCCUCCCUAAGUUGGUCUCCUCUCCAGUCACCUUGAGCUCUAUAGGCAUGAAGACUAUUCAGGGCUCCAUUGCCAAACCAAUGGCCUUUCCUCAGUGUUGUAAGGCUUGUGCCAAGGAGAAAGGAGGGGUCAGCGGGUGCCCGGGGCAGACUCCUUUUUAAAACCUUUCUCCAGCCAGCUGCUGCAGAUAGAGGACAAUCCUGGGAGAUGGAAGCUUGUUCCAGAACUGGUUGCCCCAGGGGCCAUCCCGUCCUGCAGUUCAAGGGCUGCACUUCCUUCCAGCCGAGUGCCUGGCCUGGGCCCUGGGCCUGCCUUCCUCACCACCUAGCCAUAAGUCUCAAACCCGUGGGGAAGGAGGUCUUCCUGCCGUGGAAGAGGGCAGAUAACUGAUUUCCGUUCUUUUGACUCUUUUAAAAAUCUCUUUCUAAACAUGGAGUGUUGGGCCUGUUUUGUUUCUGACAAAGCUGCACCUGGGCUUAGGGUGAAUGUGGGUGGCACUGGGGGUGCAGGGAAGAGGAAAAUCCCAAAAGCCUGAAUGUGUGUGUCCCCUUAGCUUAUAUGUGGAUCAGCUGAGCUUGGUACUGUCUGUAAGUCUGUCUUCAGGGAUUCUCUGCUGGUGCUGGUGCAAGGACUUUGGUUCCAAAGUCCAGGAAGGGCGCUCCCUACCUGCCCUUCCUUUUCUUGGGCAGGGCUCUUUCCUGUUGUGUCUUCCCCUGGGCCUGGCCUGUGACAAGCUCUACUCCAUCUUCAUCCCUCCUGGCUGUUGCUUUUUCUCUCCAGGGCCUCAGAGGCACUCCUGCUUUUCCUGGGCUGAGGGGGAGUGGGUGUUCUUAUCAUUACUUUGCCAGCCUAACACACAUGCUUCCUGCCUCUGGUAACAGGUAUGAUGAGCCCUUCAUACACCUGCCCUUUGUGUGUCUCUUGCUUUCAAAGUUUGUUAAAAGUGAAUGCUUUAAAAAGGAGCCACAAAAUGGAAUUCCCCAGGAUGGAAAUAGGGGGGGAACUGCCGCUGUAAUUGGGAGCAUAAGGGACCAGCCCCCCCAAAAGGAGGCCCCAUUUCAGCAUCUCGGCCUUAAUCGUGGUUUUCCCCAGGGCUGGGUGGGGUUCUCUCCUCUUCCCUCCCUCCCUCCCUCUGAGGCCGGAAGGAGUUCCUCUCUCACCUCUUGUCCCUGGAGGCAGGUGUUACAAAGCAUUUGUACAUUAUUUCAGGUGUAAGGACACCUCCCACUCGAGACUCAUCCCCAUUAUCCAUUAUCCAUUUCCAUUUCCACAAUUAGGUCCAGCCUGAGAAGAGCCAGGUGGGGGAGCAGCAGCUUCAUGUUCUAGGUGGUAGCUGGCUGACUAGCAACUUUCCCGUAUUCUGGUGCCACCUCCUGCUUUGUCCAAGGAUGUAAGGCCUUGUGUUUCCCUGGUGUCACAGACAUGGAACAGUCCCCAAAGCCAUAUGGUCCUUUCCUCCAGCAUCAUUUCUAGUUUCCAUGGGGUCCUGCAGGUAGGGGAAGGAGGGCUCUGGUAUAAGCCAGGGACAAAGGCUCCUGAAGGAAAUGGGGGCCUCUGGAUCUAAGGCCCAGGGCUAGGCCUCCACCCUAAUACUGUGGGAGGGGUCUCUCUUAAGACCCACCCUAAGGGUUAAUUUAACCCUUGGGUUCAAUCUGCCAUCUGGCCCAGCCAAGGUUUUCUGACUAAGCAAAAAGUGUCCCUAGGAUGCUUUCUCCAUGUUCCUCCAAUGAAGAGCCAAGGCAGCCCCUUGCCUAUCAGGCUUGUCCGAGUGACCCAUGACAGGGCCAGGAGAGCUGGGGGCAGUGUCCUCAUGUCUUGUGCGGACUCUGCCCUGCCCACCUGCAGUUCCUCAACAGACAAGCCAUUUCCACUUCCCCAGAGAAGCAACCAGGCCAAAUAAACCUGAACAGGGUCUGUCCGUGUGGACCAGAGCCAGCCUCGUUUGCUGUCUGGUUUCCAGUUUCACGUGUGUUUGGGGGCAAGAGAAGAUUGCUCCUGAGAUGACUCAGGCCAGACCCAGUUUUUGAGGAGGAAAAGAUUGGGAGAGCGCCGGUUUGCCUCAGGAUCUGUGCUCGGGCUUCCUACCAGCCCUCCCUGUUUGCGGCUGGUCUUUGGAAGGCAAUCGGCUGCCAUGCCUGGUCAACACCAGUUCAAACCAUGCCAGGAAUCUGCCCCCCUGCCAGGUUCAGUUCUUUAAUGUGCCUCUUCAGGGACACAGUGUGUCUCUCUGAUUGGGCUUCUAAGUCAAAGCCUGAUGUUCGUGUCCCUCUCAUAGGGGGAGCUUUGGACACAGGACCAGUUUGGAAAGGGUCAGGUAAGAGUUCACUCUGCACAUUGUAGAGGGGACACUCUGUAGGCCCAUGGGUCCCUUAUAUAGAGAGAGGUUGAGCAAAUUUGCCUUCAGUUAACCUGGGACUUUCCGUUUCAUUCCCUCCUGCCUCCCAAAGAUUAUGACCAUUUUGUAAGUGUAUAAACUCACCUCUGUUAACAGUGGCCAAAAAGCUUUGUGCUAAAAGGCAUGGGAAAUCUAAAGGCAUCCGUUCCCUGGGAAAUGGGUGCCAUCCUAUCCUGCUACCCCUGCCCUGUUCCUGAAGCCUCACUCAGCAGGGCAGCCCCCUUGUAAUGCUGUCCUGCAUCCCAUGUCCCAGCCAGGCCAAGGGUCAGAGGAAGGGAAGCCUAUUUUCCCCUUUAUGUCUUCAGUCGGUUACUUUACCGUUGUCCCUCGGUCACUGUAAAAUGGGGCUUUAGGUCCCACCCCCCUUUUUUAAGGCAGAGGUCUGGCCCACUGCCCCUGGAGCAGACCCUCCUCUUGGGCCCCAUGUGCUUCUUUGCUUGUCUUUAUCCCACGUUUGACACGAUCCACGUCAGUGCCACUUUUCCCCUUCAAGUCGCCAUUUGGAGGGUAGGGGAUCUGCUUCCUACUGUGACUGGGCUAUGGGAUUCUGACUACCUUGCUUAAAGAUUCAUGGUUUGAUAAAUUUGUAUUUAAAAACUUGAAAUGUAGGGCGCCAUUAUGUGUCUGUUUAUAUUUUUGGAAUAUUUGUAUUACUUACAAUUAAUAAAAGUGGGUUUAAAAAGCCCAUCCAGGAAGGGGCA